UUGAUUUGCUGAACUGUCACUCUAGCCCGCCGAAUUAAGGUUAUAGUGGUAAAAAUGAGUGUCUGCAAUAUUUUGAGUAAAAGUUUUCUAAAACAAAAUAUUAGAAAUUUGACUGCACCCAGUUACCAGGCGCUGCGAACUUAUUGCGCGAAUGUGACCACAGAAAACGAUGAAGCGACUCCCAAAGGAGGAUUCGCGAAGGCAUUCGAAAAAUACACAGCACCUGAAGUGCCUGAACCGAAAGAAGAACAAACAUUCGCCUCCUUGCUGAGGAACUCGAAGUUUAUUGAUCUUGGAGACCCUGAGGGUAAGGUGGUGACUGGUAGGAUAUUCCAUGUUGUGGAGGACGAUCUUUACAUUGACUUUGGCUGGAAGUUCCAUUGCGUGUGCCCGCGUCCUGCGAAGAACGGAAGUGAUUACGUCCGAGGUGCUAGAGUGAGGCUGCGGGUGAAAGAUUUGGAGCUGUCUACAAAAUUCUUGGGCUCAUCAAAGGACUUGACAAUAUUAGAAGCUGAUUGCCAGUUAUUGGGGUUAAUUGGAAGUCGUCCUAAGAAAGUGUAAUUUCAAAGAUGCUUGUUAGAUUUUGUUUUUCUUUAAUAAAAAAAUUAUAAGAAUAG